AUGGCUUCCUUCAAGGACGCAAACCCAACCCUAGGGUUCUUAACCCGAAAGGAUGCCGACGUCAUGCUACCACGACCCAUUAGGGUUAAGAACAAAACCCCGACCCCUGUUCAAAUUAUCGCAGAGCAAAUCCUCCGUGAGGCACGUGAGCGCCAGGAGGCUGAAAUCCGACCUCCCAAGCAGAAGAUCAUUGAUCCCACCGAGCUUGCAGAUUACCGCCUCCGAAAGCGCAAGGAAUUCGAAGACCAAAUCCGGCGCAUGAGGGGGAAUGUCAGAGACUGGAUCAAGUAUGCGCAGUGGGAGGAGUCCCAUAAGGACUUCGAACGUGCUCGCUCUGUUUGGGAGCGUGCCCUUGAGGUUGAUCACCGGAACCCUACCCUGUGGCACAACUAUGCUGAGGCGGAGAUGAAGAACAAGUUCAUCAACCAUGCAAGGAAUGUGUGGGACCGUGCCAUCACCCUCUUGCCUAGAGUUGAUCAGAUUUGGAACAAGUAUAUUCACAUGGAAGAUAUUAUAGGGAAUGUGGCUGGUGCUCGGCAGAUAUACGAAAGGUGGAUGAAUUGGAUGCCGGACCAGCAAGGCUGGCUCUCCUUCAUCAAGUUUGAGCUUCGCUAUAAUAAGAUCGAGCGUGCUAGAGCAAUUUUCGUCGUGCAAUGUCAUUCGAAAGUUGGUGCUUGGAUUCGGUAUGCCAAGUUUGAGAUGAAGAAUGGUGAGGUUGGGAGGGCAAGAAAUGUAUAUGAGAGAGCAGUGGAGAUCAUGGGCGAUGAUGAGGAGGUCGAGCAGUUAUUUGUGGCUUUUGCUGAAUUUGAGGAGCGGUGCAAAGAAACUGAUAGAGCAAGGCGUAUUUAUAAAUUUGCACUUGAUCAUAUACCCAAACAAAGGGUUGAGGAUUUGUAUAAAAAGUUUGUGUGUUUGGAGAAGCAAUAUGGAGAUAGACAAGGCAUUGAGGAUGCGAUUGUUGGAAACAGGAGAUUUCAAUAUGAAGACGAGGUUAGGAAGAAUCCUCUUAAUUAUGAUUCCUGGUUUGAUUAUAUAAGGCUAGAAGAGAGUGCAGGAAAUAAGGACAGAAUUAGAGAGGUUUAUGAGAGAGCUAUUGCUAAUGUUCCUCCUGUGCCGGAGAAGCGGUAUUGGCAGCGCUACAUUUGCUUGUGGAUCAAUUAUGCACUAUAUGAGGAGCUUGAUGCUGGAGACAUGGAACGUGCACGAGAUGUAUAUAGGGAAUGCCUUCAACUGAUUCCUCACAAGAAGUUUUCAUUUGCAAAAAUAUGGCUUCUCGCUGCCUUGCUUGAGAUACGACUGCUGAAUCUCGAGGGUGCACGCAAGAUCCUUGGUACUGCAAUAGGCAAGUCACCUAAAGAUAAGAUAUUUAAGAAGUAUAUUGAGAUUGAGCUGAACCUUGGGAAUUUCAAACUUCAGCACCUGUUGUAA